GUGAAAAGUCACAAACAAAUAUGGCGGCAACGGCAGGUCGACCGUUGCGGUGAUUGGGGUGUGGGUGCUGGAGUUACGGGUCGGGGAGGUCGAAUCAACAAAAAGUAAAGCAAAGCGGCAGAGCCGUAUCGGGGCGGCUGGUUUUUGGCUUUGAGUUCAGUCAGACUGCGACUGUUGCACUUGUGGCGCUUUCGCCUCAUGUUGUUUCGGUGACAAGAGGAGGAGGAGGCGGCGGCCGGGACAGGAGCAACCAGCCAUGAUUGAAGAUAAAGGCCCAAGAGUUAGUGACUACUUUGUAGUCGCAGGGCUAACUGACACAUCUACUCCGUUGGAGCAAGAAAUCGCAAUUUCAGAGACUAAGUCAACAGGACCAAAAGCACCAAUAACAGAUCUUGCCGUGAUAAUCAAAUCAGCAGGAGAAAAUGUUCCUGAAGGUUACACUUGCAUUGAGAGCACCCCUACAGGACUUCAAGCAAACUUGAAUUUUGGGAGCUUGAAAAGUCCAGAAAUGCAUCUUUGCUACAAAAGAGGGCGAGAGAAACCACCUCUUAUUGACAUUGGGGUUUUAUAUGAGGGGAAGGAACGUCUAAUUCCAGGCUGUGAAAUCUUACAAGCAACUCCCUUUGGCCGUUGUGCCAAUGUUAACAACAGUUCAACCACCUCUCAGAGAAUCUUCAUUACCCAUCGGAGGGCUCCAUUGAACAGACCUCAGAAUUCUUUGGCUGUGACAGAUAUUUGUGUUAUUAUUACCAGUAAAGGAGAAACUCCACCUCACACUUUCUGCAAAGUGGAUAAGAACUUGAACUGUGGCAUGUGGGGUUCCAGUGUAUAUCUUUGUUACAAGAAGUCUGUUCCAGCAUCUAAUUCAAUUGCAUACAAAGCUGGAUUAAUAUGCAGAUAUCCUGAAGAUGAUUAUGAAUUGUUUCCACUCUCUGAAUCCGUUCCCCUGUUCUGCCUCCCCAUGGGAGCUACUAUUGAAUGCUGGGCUCCCCAAACUAAAUAUCCACUGCCAGUUUUCUCUACUUUUGUGUUGACUGCCUCAUCAGCAGAGAAGGUAUAUGGUGCAGCUAUCCAGUUUUAUGAGUCCUACCCAUUGGAACUACUUACUGAGAAACAGCUCCUGCAACUGGGCCUCAUCACUGCUGUGGGCAAGAAACUAAUCACAUCCAAGACUGUGCACACCAAUAAAUGCAUCUGUCUUCUCUCACGCUGGCCUUUUUUUGAGGCAUUCCGCAAAUUCUUGAUGUUUUUGUACAAGCUCUCUGUCUCUGGACCUCAUCCUUUGCCCAUUGAAAAGCAUAUAUCCCACUUCAUGCAUAAUGUUCCCUUCCCAUCAGCCCAGAGGCCAAGAAUCUUAGUUCAGUUGUCAGCACUUGAUGCCUUGAUCCUGUCUCAACCUGUUUCAACCCCCUUGCCUUUAAGAGGAGCAAACUUUAGCACUUUGCUAAUGAAUUUGGGUGCUGAGAACUGUGCAACUCUGCUAUAUUUUGUCCUGAUGGAAAACAAAGUUCUGCUGCACUCUCUCAGGCCUGCUGUGUUGACAGGUGUGGCUGAAGCUGUUGUAACUAUGAUCUUUCCUUUCCACUGGCAAUGUCCAUAUAUUCCACUUUGUCCAUUGUCCCUAGCUGGAGUCCUCAAUGCACCGAUUCCGUUUAUUGUAGGUGUUGAUUCACGCUAUUUUGAUCUUUAUGAUCCACCACUGGAUGUUGUAUGUGUGGACCUGGAUACAAAUACAAUAUAUCUAUCUGAUGACCGUAAAAAUUUAAGCUGGAAGCAACUUCCAAAAAAGCCUGGGAAGAAUCUCUUCAGUUCCUUAGUGAACCUACAGAACCAGCUUUCACUGAUUCACAGGAGAGCACAGGAAGGGUCUGCUGUCGAGAUGACACCUAUAGAGGCUGAUUUUACAUGGCAUAAAAAAAUGAUUUCACUGGAAGUGGAAAUCCAGGAGUCGUUUCUGCGUUUCAUGGCCUCCGUAUUGAAAGGAUAUAGAACAUACCUCAAACCAAUAACCCAGGCACCUUCUGAAAAAACUACUUCUGUAAAUUCACUCUAUGAUCUACAAGGGUUCUUGAAAUCGCGAGAUCGAGCACAUCACAAGUUCUACAUUCAGUUGACUAAAACACAGAUGUUUAUUCGCUUCAUUGAAGAAUGUUCUUUUGUGAGCGACAAGGAUACUGGCUUAGCGUUUUUUGAUGACUGUAUAGAUAAGCUUUUUCAUUCUGAUAAAGGCACAGAGAAAGGAACCAAGGUUGAUGCUGACUGCCCUGAAGAUACAAGGCUAAUUGAGCUGGAUGAGUCGCAGAAAAGUGAGCACACUGUGUUUAUAAUGCCUCUGGAACCUCCACUGUCAGAUGGAAAAGAUCCUCAAGGAAAAUUUAGCUAUAAAACUUUUCCAGUGCUUAAACCGGAACUGUUCGACAGACCACAGGAAUUAAAAAUGCCAGUCAAACUUUUAAUUGGAGCUACUAUCCCCAGCAGUCCAGCCCUCAUGGCAAAAAGAACUAAACAGGAGAUAAAAACUGCCCAGAAAAUUGCAAAGAAGUACUUUUCCGUCCCUGCACUUUGGUCCAAGUGCUUGUUCAGCCAUUGUUACAGCCUUUGGUUCAUUUGCUUACCUGCAUAUGUUGGAGUCUCCCAUGCCAAGGUCCGAGCACUGCAGCAAGCAUACAAUGUUCUCAUCAAAAUGAGAGAUAUGAAGGUGGAUCCACUGGAUGAGGUGUGCUACAGGGUUCUGAUGCAAUUGUGUGGACUCUUGGGCCACCCAGUACUUGCUGUUAGAGUUCUGUUUGAAAUGAAAAAUGCAGGUGUGCAGCCGAAUGCCAUUACUUAUGGUUAUUACAACAAGGCUGUUUUGGAGAGUCCCUGGCCCAGCAGUAAUCGCAGUGGCUGCUUUCUGUGGACAAAAGUGCGGAAUGUGGUUCGUGGUGUAUCUCAUUUUCGCCAAGUGUUUAAAAAGUCAAACUCUUCGAAUGCCCAAGUGCCACUGAUCUCAGGUGGAAGUGAUGCAGAUGCUGUGAGCCACGGUAGCGUGGAUAGUUCUAACGAUGCUAACAGUGGAGAGCACGUGCUGUUCGUCCGAGACCUAGUCAGACUAGAUUCCACCGAUAAUCACAGCAACACAGGUGCUCAGUCAGACCAAGGGUAUGGGUCUAAAGAUGAACUUCGACGUGAUGACACUGAAGAAACGCUGGUAGAAAUUGACUUAUCUGGUGAAAUUAAAGAGCAAAGAGAAAAAAGCACAGACAGCACUGAUGAAUCAGUUGUGAGUAAAAAAAAUAAGAAUGCUAGCUCGCCAGAAAAACUUCAUUCAAGUAGCAGCAUUGUAAAGCUACAAUGUGCUGCUGUUGGCAGUGAAGGAAGCAGUGGUAAUUUGGCUAGCUCACUGCUGGGAAAUAAUGUCCAUUAUCAACACAGUGAUGGAGUUGGUGACCCUAGUACUCAAGCACACAGGAAAAACAAUGAGAAAAGCCAGCAGCGGCAGAAGUUCUGGGCAGAAAGGAGCUGUAGUUUCAGUGCUGAUACACGAUCUAACAUGUUACUUCAAAAGGGAAGCCUUGAAACUGAUCCGAAUGAGAUAGCUGAGACGAUGGGUGCUGAUGCCAAGAUCCUGGCUGCUGCUCUAUGCAGUGCCAAAGAGCUAUCAAAGAUGAAGAGCUCUUUGAUCUUGGAUCACUCAGCCAGUCAAAGAGGAGAGUGUCAAUGUGAUGACAGUAGAUCUAUCUUUGAUAAAUACAUGGGUGUUUCAGAGAACAGAGACUCUUCCACAAUGGAAACAUCAGAUAAUCACCUUGAUAAUGAAACUACAGUGAUAUCCAAAAAUUUAGUGUUUGUAAUGGAUGACCUACAGGUUGAACCAGAAACUGUUCCAAUUGAUGAACAAGGUCGAGUUGAAGAUGCCAUGCAGAACAGGACUAGUGUGCAUCCUGCAGUUAAGCCUGUAGAAAGAGAAGAUGUUAAGAUAGGUUUUGACCCAUUAUCAUUGUUGGCCUCAGAAACUGCUAAAAAAAUCCCUGCCAAAGUUGAGGAGAGGAAUGUACCACCAGUUGUGUCUCGAAAACUUGCUGAUGAAAUUGAAAUGUAUAUGAAUCUUAAGAGCCCCCUGGGGAGCAAAUCAGCCAGUAUGGAACUGCACAAGACUGAAAAUGAAGAGAAGCCAUCAGAUGACAGUGAUGGCACACAUUGCCAUGCUCCAGAAAGGAGGUCAAGUCUCCCAUCUAGCCCUGUUCCACCAGAAGAUGUACAAACAACAUCUAAAUCUGUGUCGAGGUCAAAAACAUUUGCUGGCCAGCCAAAAAUGCAAAAGCCUGUUUUGCAAAAAAUGCGUUCAGCUUCACUAACUGCCUUAGUUCGGAACACCCAGCAUGGCUCCUUAGGGUCCAUUGUUACAUCAAUUUCAGGAUUUAAAUUUGACAAUCUACUUUCUGGACCCAAGAUGGAUGUUCUUAAGUCAGGCAUGAAACAAGCAGCAAAUGUUGCCAGCAAGAUGUGGGGAGCAGUGGCAUCAGCAUACUCCUACUCUGACGAUGAGGAUGAACAUCUUGAUAAUCCAAGAUUCAACUUUCCUCCUGGUAUUCAGGAUUAUAGCUGUAGUGGCAGCCCAACUGAGAGAAUGGGCCUGCCUACAACAGUGGCAACAAAUGGCCUGCAUCAAAGCAGCACGAGCCUUGGUGGCGGCAGCAGCAGCAGCAGUGAUACUGGUGCUGCACAUUCAUCUAAAGUAGGAAAGGACAUUGACCCUGAGAAAUCUGAUCGUGGCUCUUCCCAGUGUGCCAGUACAUCAAGUAUUUUCCAGAAUUGUGCAAUGGAGGUAUUGAUGUCCAGCUGUUCUCAGUGUCGUGUCUGUGAAGCUUUAGUUUAUGAUGAGGAGAUUAUGUCUGGCUGGAGUGCAGAUGAUUCAAAUCUUAACACCACUUGUCCAUUUUGUAAAAAUACUUUUUUGCCAGUUCUAAAUGUUGAGUUUAAGGACCUACGGGAUGCUGGAAGUUUUUUCUUGAAGUCCAGUGUGUCUGGUGACAGUUUGCACAGCAACAAUGCGAGCACAGCAACUGACCGUGUUGUGCAGAAAACUGUGUGUGUUCCUGCAGCAUCAAAUCCAAUAAACUUAGAUUCACCAGUCCCCACAACUCGAGAAAAGUCCACUUCUGAAGAUGAACGUGCUUUCCCAAAGGACACCAAGGAACUGCUAGACAAUGAAAAUGAUGAACCUCCUAAACGGACAGCAUCUUUGAUCCGAAGUUACAGUGUAGGUGGUCCAUUGCAAAACUUGGAUGCGUCUCAGCGGCCUACACAUGGUAUUUCAACAACCAGCCUCCCAAACAGUCUGCAGGAAAGUGUGGAUUCUGUGGGUCUUAAAAGCAGACCUAAUCCAAAGCCUGUGUCUGUACCAUAUCUGAGUCCUUUAGUGCUGCGUAAGGAGUUGGAGUCUCUUCUGGAGAAUGAGGGAGAUCAGGUGAUUCACAGCUCCAAGUUUAUCAACCAGCAUCCAAUCAUUUUUUGGAACCUUGUUUGGUAUUUCAGAAGGCUCGAUUUGCCAAGCAACCUGCCAGGUCUCAUCCUGACUUCCGAACAUUGCAAUAAAGGAAUGCAGUUGUCGCAGUCAAGUCUUUCACAGGACAGCAAACUGGUUUACAUCCAGCUACUUUGGGAUAACAUUAAUCUUCAUCAAGAACCUGGUGAUCCCCUGUAUAUACGUUGGAGAAACAGAAACAAAGAUGUGGCUGGUGGAUUAACUCCAGAUAGUCAGGUAGAGAAGAGUCCCCUGCAUAUAAUAGUGAGAAGUAUCCAGACCAAUGAUGUGUUGGGACCUAUAUGCCUACUCUUGAAGGAAUCCAGCAAACACCCUGAAACCAAACGACAAAGGAGUAUGUACAGGGAAAUUCUCUUUCUUUCUUUGGUGGCCCUUGGAAGAGAGAAUAUUGAUAUUGAUGCUUUUGAUAGAGAAUACAGAGCAGCUUACGAGCACUUGACAGAAGAACAAGUGAAGGUGGCACUCCCGAUUGAUUCACCACCUUGUACCAAGAUUGAGUGGUGCCGGAAGUGUUUUGAGCCUCCCUUCAUCUAAAAAAAAACUGCAAUAUUAUUAUGGAAUUGAACCACUAUGAUUUAAGUCCAAAGUAUGAAUGUACAAUCUUCAAACUAAGCAUAUGCAUCUAGGUGAUUAGAAUUAAGAUGUUGGUGUCUGUGAUGAUAUGACUGCACAGUUUGAGGUGCUGUUGCAUUGUGAAUAAUGAAAGAACUGUUCACUGUUUCUAAACUUCUAUGGAAGGGAGAUUUAAUAAAAUGUAACUGCUAAACACUAAAUGUCUUAAGGCAGGUCUGCCAUUUCCUAUCAGUGGUCUAGUAGUGCAGUGUUUUGUACAAAUAUCACACAGGAUGGUUCUGACCAUUUUGUAUUUUUUAGUAUCAACGACUGGAUUUUAAGUUCUGGAUUAUUUUCUUUCAGUAUAAAUCAAGUGUUGAGAUUCUACAAUUCAGAAUGAAAUCACUAACCCUCCUAUAAUGAAACUAGGGGUCAUUGGGUAAUUGAGUUCUUUGUCUGUAUCACUGAGACAUAAAACAUUACAUGAUUGGAUCGGGGCAUUGGGGCUUGGUUGGGGAGGAUCACAUGCUUACAGUAAACAGCCCCUGAUUGACUUCUAUCUGUGCUAUGCCCAGCUGAUGCUUUAUGUCCAGGUGGUGACAAUGACAAUAGACUUUGUCUCUGACAGGGCAGUUCUUUAGUGUUGCAUUUAUAAAGGGAUGCUGUAAUUUUAUGCUGAGAUUUUUGAUGCAUUCUGCAGUAGAAACAUAGUUGGAGUUCUCUUCCUCUCUAUGGCAUAAACCAGAGUAAUUUAAUUUAAAAAAAAACAAAUAUUGCUGACAUCUUGUUUUUCAGGAUUUAAUAGUCUGAGAAAAAUUAUAAAUGCACUGGGUAACUUGUGGCAGUACAAAUAAUAUUGAAGGACAAAAAUUCUGUUCUGAUAUCUAUAUGUAAUCCUGUAUCAAAGACUUUACACUGAGCUGUAAAAUAUUGAUUUUAUAUUUUAACACUUCUAGAAAGGCAGAUUGCAUCUAUGGUCCAAAUCUUGUGCAGAUACACAGCUGUUUUAUUUGACAACUGUCAGUAUAAUUCUCUAAAUAUAAUGUAUGUCAACAUAUUAAGCAAUUACUUGUUGAAUAAAGGAUAGUUAUACAAAA